AUGAGAGUAUAUGAAGUUAUUAUUUUGGUGAUUUCGGAUGAUGAACUCCGGAAGUAUAUGAUCCUUGCUGAUAAAUUGGGAAUGUCCGAUGGUGACUAUCAGUUUAUUUAUGUCAAAAUAACUAUGCCAUCAACCAAUGACAUACAACGCCUGGAAAGUACUGGACUAUGGGAAAAUGGUGAUUUAAAUGAUGAUGAUGCAAGGAGAGGAUUCGAAAAUUUGUUAUACGUAAUAUUAGGUGAUAUUAGGGAUGUUGGACAAUCGUGGAUGGUUGAAGCCAAGUCUGCAGCUAGGUCUUUAUUUGGUAAUGACAGAAGUAUGCCUGAUGCUGCUGAGCCUGAUCCGUACUCCAUUUUCUUGCACGAUUGUGUAAUGCUGUAUGGUUUGACUCUAAAUUCAACGGGUGGCAAUGUGGCAGAUGCUGAUGACAUACGUUGGGGGAACGGUUUAACCAGCAGCACUGUCAUACCAUCGGACACACCAGUUUGUGGAUUUUAUAAUGAAUUUUGUCCAUUGAAGAGUAGAAUAUGGAGGAAAGAACACCAGCUAAAUAAUACAAUAUGGAAGGUCAAGUACCAAGAUUUAGAUUUCAAGGUCAACAAACCAGCAAAGUCGUUUAUGUAUACAGCCUUCAACAAUGAGGAAAACCAACAGCACUUUGCAAGAUAUGGUUUAAACGACACCAGGGCUAAAUCAGCAGGAGAUAGGGACGAUACUAGAAUUAAUGAUCAUACUGCAAAAUACAAGGGACAAAUUGUCUACGUAAAACGCUUAAAGAAACAAAGGAUUAAGAGUGACAGACAGCUGUUGAAAGAAAUGAAAAUGUUGCUUGAUAUCAAACACACGAAUAUAACAUCUCUAGUCGGAAUGUGCACGGAACAAGGAAGCAUUUCUGUUUUAUGGGAACAUUGCACAAAAGGCCGUUUGCGUGAUAUUAUUGAAAAUGAUGAUAUUAAGCUUGAUACGAUGUUUAAGCUGUCUAUAGCUAUUGAUAUAUGUAGGGGAUUAGAAUACCUCAACAAAAGCGAACUUAAAUACCAUGGUAACAUGAAAAGUACAAACUGUGUAGUGGACAGUAGAUGGACCUGUAAGCUGUCAGACUUUGGACCAAGGACUAUUUAUAAAAGCCUUAUUGAUGAAACUGGAAGUUGGAGAACUGAAGCAGAAUCUCUGUUCUGGACAGCACCAGAGCAUCUUAGAACAUGGAUUGUCCAAAACCAGAAGGCAGGAUCCGUACAGGGAGACGUCUACAGUUUCGGAAUUAUUGCAAAGGAACUCGUUACCAGAGACACUGCAUAUGGAUGUGAAGUUCACAUGUCGCCAAAUGAAAUAAUAAGUAAGGUAGCAGCAACAGCGAAAGUGCCAUUUCGUCCAAAGUUUCCAUAUAUGUCGGACAACAACCAGGCAAUGGAACAAACAAAAGCUAUACAAGCUUUAAUACAACGGUGCUGGGCAGAGGACCCUCAAGUCAGACCCUCCGUUAAACGAGUUCUGAAGACUCUGAACACUAUCAGUCCAUUUAAGAAAUCAAAUGUGAUAGAAAAUAUGAUUGUUAUGAUGGAGAAGUAUUCUAAUCAGUUGGAAGAACUUGUAGCUGAGAGGACAGCGCAGUUGGAAGAUGAAAAACGGAAAACAGAUGCGUUAUUAUAUCAGAUGUUACCAAGGAAGGUAGCAGAAGAUUUAAAGCUGGGAAAACCUGUAAAAGCUGAAUCAUUUGAGAAAGCUACAAUAUACUUUUCUGACAUUGUCGGAUUUACAACAAUAGCUGGGGAAUGUACACCAAUACAGGUUGUAGAACUGUUGAAUUCGUUGUAUACCUUAUUUGACGACACGAUAAAGACUUAUGAAGUUUACAAGGUUGAAACAAUUGGAGAUGCUUACAUGGUAGUCAGUGGUUUACCAGAGAGAAAUGGUGACAAACAUGCCAGUGAGAUGGCGUAUGUAGCCUUAGAUCUUCUUCAUGCCGUCAGAAUGUUCAGAUUGCCUCAUGAUCCUGAGUCCUGCCUUCGAAUUAGAAUAGGUCUUCAUAGUGGCCCAGUGGUUGCAGGAGUAGUCGGACUUACCAUGCCACGAUAUUGUCUGUUUGGUGAUACCGUUAAUACAGCUUCUAGAAUGGAGUCAAACGGAGAAGCAAUGAAAAUUCAUAUCAGUAAUGCAACUGCCAAUAUGUUGAAUGAAAAGGCAAUGUUUGACAUAGUGAAAAGAGGAGAACUGAAAAUAAAGGGUAAAGGAGUAAUGGUAACAUACUGGUUAGAGGGAACAAAAAAGGAUGUUUCAUCAAGUCAACAGUCGUUCAAACCGCAGUACUAUUCACACCUGGGAGAUGAUCCUGAUCAGGAAAUAAAAGAAAAUGAUCGUUUCAAGGAAAACUAUGGGCCAGAUUUAUAUGUGAAAAUUAAUCAUCCUGACGGUUCCCAGGCUGAACAAUCUAAGCUUGCAUGUCUUGAUUUGAUUCCGUUUUCAAGUAUAACACCAAGUGUACAGUUAUAUAAUACUGUUCAUCAAAAUGUUGAUAUUUAGUGUUUACAUAUAUAAGACAUCUACAAGUGCUCCUAGUUGUAACUGUUUUGUUGUCGAUUUGUUAUAUAUCAACAGAGUAUAUAAAGUGCGAAUCCAGUUAGUUCAUUUUCACUGUCGUAUGCGAGUAUGUCUGUUGUAAAAUAAAGGAUGAUGGGAAAAACUGCGUUUGUUUACUUUUUAAAAAUACAAAAUAAUAGAUUUGAAAGUAUGUUUU